GGGAGCAUGACACCAUUUUCUUUGCCACGGGCUGUUCCUCUGUACUAAGACUGCAGCCCAAACCACGUUGGUUGCAGUUGCCGCAGGGCCCCUCUCCAUCGCACUUGAUCUUACGUCUGCGGCAGAAGUCACAAGGAUGAUGCGUCCGAGUGUGCGGCUUCGUGCUCCAAUAUCUACGGCGAGUAGUGCAGAGCACGCCAUCUCUGUCACAGCUGCUGCAGGGCCUCUCUCCGUCGCACUUGAGCUCGCGUUCGUGGCAGGAGCCACAAGUACGGCGCCGUUUACGUUUACCGAGCGUAGGGGGGGUAGUGAUGCGGACCACGGCAUAUCUGUUGCAGUUGCUGCAGGGCCUCUUUUCUUCGCACUUGAGCUUGAGUUCGCUGCAGAGGUCACAAGCAAGAUGAUUGCCGAGCUUAGAGAGCGCAGCGCCGCUCGGCCGGUUUCUUUUAGAAAUCUGCUUCACUCUUGGCUGAUUGUCGCUGUCAGGCUGACAUUGCUUCUCACUGACGGCCUCCAUCAUGACAGCUGUUGCAUGGCAACUAGUCGAUGGGCGCAGGAAGUCGAAAUCGAAUGGAGGAGGGCGUUCAAUCUUGCCGCUCUCUUGAGCGAUGAAUUCACAGGGUCUUGCAGCGACAAACGAGCGCGGUUCUUCGCAUGUGCAGGUAUGCUGGCCAGCCAAGCACAGAACUGUACGAGAUAUUAGCAACGGAAAAACGAUAACGCAGAGCAGGAGAAUGGCACAAACCAAGCUGGUAGUGAGAGAAGUAGAUCAAGCGUCACGCAGCGACCACGACUGAUGAUGGUGAUGCGUUUCUCUCGCAGCGACAAUUUACGGGGGCAUAUUACUCGAACCCAUAGCGAAGCCGAACGCUCAGACGAGAGUCCUUGUCGUCGUCGACCUUCGGGCUCUGCUUCACAUCGUCGGGGACCCCCUUCACCUCGAAGGAGUGCCGAAGAGACGGUGGGGUGCACACGCGCCAAAUCGUGGGCCUAGCUUGUGGCAGGGUAUUUUAUGGUGAAG